UCCAGUCGCUAGUUGGCAGAAUAACCUCGGUAUCAACACGCAGUAUGAUUGACCAGCGUGUUGGUUCUAAACUUCCGCUAUGACGCAGUACUUCCUCUCUUCAGCAAGUCCCAGCCAAGAUGGGUCGAGUCAGAACCAAGACAGUCAAGAAGGCAGCCCGGGUCAUUAUUGAGAAAUACUACACACGCCUGGGCAAUGACUUCCACACCAACAAGAGGGUGUGUGAGGAUAUUGCCAUCAUUCCCAGCAAACCUCUGCGCAACAAGGUUGCAGGGUAUGUCACACACUUGAUGAAGCGAAUCCAACGUGGUCCAGUCAGAGGAAUCUCCAUCAAGCUACAAGAGGAGGAGAGAGAGAGGAGGGACAACUACGUUCCAGAGAUUUCUGCUUUGGACCAGGAACUCAUCGAGGUGGAUCCAGACACUAAAGAAAUGCUCAAAAUACUGGAUUUUGGUGGCCUUUCAAAACUGCAAGUUACUCAACCAACAGUUGGAAUGAACUUUAAAACUCCUCGUGGAGUUUGAUGUGAAAAAUGUCUAAUAAAGAAAACCAGUAAUGAAGA